CAAAAGUCAACCAAAAGAAUUUUUUUACAAUUUUCGAAAAAAUAAUCAGUUUUGAGUCUAAGUUGCAAUAUUUGCCGACAUUAAAACGAAUUUUGAGUAAACGUAUUGUUUUCUGCGAACAUUAUUCGUCUACAUUGGAGUUUCUAUGUUCAGGCUGACGUACUCCUUGUCACAUAAUUAGUCGAGAGAUAUUCCAAUACCAAUUUUUCGACCAGUUUCCCUCUAUCGAAUUUAUUGAAUUAAUGCUUUCAAGUUUGUAAUCGAAUGAAAAGAUGAAUGAAACAAACGAUACAAAAAUGUCAUCUCAAACAAUAGAUUAUUCGAGUCUCGGCGAUCACGAUGUGAAUACCGGUACGUCGGUAUUAGUGAACACCGAUAAUGUUACCGUUAUACCGAGUGGAGGAGAUCAUACCAUUGGCAGCUCUAAAGUGAAAAUGACCAAUGUCGUUGAUUACACCUGGGAGCAGAGAUUUUACACGGGGCAAAUUUUAGCUGUACAUAUUUCCGGAAAAUACAUCGCUUAUGGAAUUCAAGGCAAAGACUCGUGUAAUAUCAGAGUGAUCAGUUUUGCUACUUCGGAUCGAGCACUUAUAAAAGGAAUCGAGGGCAUGGCUCAAGAUAUAGCUUUUGCUUUCAUAUUGGCUCCGGUUUUAUUAGCUUGUAUUGAUUCGGUCGGUGACGUGUACGUUUAUACCAUCGAAGAAAACCAAUUGAAUGCCUUAGCGUGUUGUUUAAUGGUUCAUAUCAAAGAGACUUCAUCAUCACCACCGGACAGUAUAAAUAAAAUCGUUUGGUGCCCUUAUGUGCCCGAUGAUGAGCAAAUGGAAGACGAUGAUUCGUCCAAGUUGAUCGUAACUCGUGGAAAUAAGGCUCAUAUGUGGAAUGUCACUACUAUCAAUGCUCUUCACAACAUCAUCCCCGUCUCACCGGAAUCGGCAUCGGAAGGAUUUCUCGAAAUCAAAGUCGAUAAAUAUUUAAUAGUAGAUGUUGCCUUUUCGCCUGACGGAUCAACUGUUGCUUUAGCUUGCUCGGAUGGCGGUAUUCGAUUUUAUCAGGUGGAUGAAGAAGGUCAAAGCUUUGUUUGUAUCCACGACUGGCGGCCUCAUAAUGGAAGACCGGUAUCGUGUUUGUACUUUUUAGAUAAUCAUCUCGAAUCCGACGCCGCAUUUUGGAAAUUUGCCAUCACCGGAGUUGAAGGAAACACCGAAAUAAGCAUUUGGAGUUGCGAAAGUUGGACUUGCCUGCAAACUUUUAAAUACGCUCCCAUCAGUGAAACUCCGGCCAAGCUUAAAGUAGCUGUUGACAUUACCGCGAGUUAUAUUUUGUUGUCUGAUAUGCAACGCAAGUUAUUGCAUAUUUUGCAAUUGAAAAAGAAUGACGAAGAAACCGGUGUAAGAAUUCACGUUAUUUCGCAGUUUUUAUUACCAUAUCCGAUCUUGAGCUUUGGUAUUGUGAAAGCUAGCUUGCAGAAUUUUAACGAACCGAAUCCUUAUAAUUAUAACGACGAAGCCUUUAAUAACGCUAAUGAACGAGAGUAUUUGAAGACUGUCAUCAAGUUGUAUCUCGUUCAACCUAAAGCUUUGCAAGAAUGUAACAUUGUGUACGAUCCCGAUGAAUUAUCUUCCAAAUAUAAUAACACUACGACCGAAAUAAUUGAUGCUAAAGCGACAGCUCUAUUGAAUGGAUUGUGUAUGAAAGCGGCAGCCGAAAGUACCAAUUCGAAAGAUCGUGAUUUGAAAUUAACUGCUAAUAGUCAUUCGUCCAUUUCGGCGGAUAAAACGUUACUGCAAAGGCUCUUAUCGGUUUCUUCCAUCGAAGAUAACAUGAAACAACAGAAACAAACUUCCGACUAUAAUGACGUUAGAGUCGGUAACGGUGAUUCUACGAGGAGAUCUCUUGACAGGGAAAGUUUAUCGCAUCAUGUAAAUGAUACAGAAAUGAAUGGCUGUGAAGAGACCGAAGAAGAUGACAAUGUGGUUAGCGAUCGUAUGGAAGAGGAAAACGGUGUCGUGGUGAACGAGGGUAAAAGUUAUUAUAGCACUGGAAGCAGCCCGAGCAGAGAAGUUCAGAAUAUUUUGUUCUCGACUACAGAUAACGACGAACCGUGCCGAAGUAUACAAAACAAGACCAACGACACGGCAUCGUUACCUGUCACAGUAUGGCCUAAAAUACCCAUACCGGAGCCUGAAAAUCUCUGUUCAGAUGCCUCUGGAAUUAUGAGAAUUAAUCCUAAUUCACUAACGCUCAGAAACGAGAUCGCUCCUGCUGAUAUAACUCCGUCGCAGCACACCGACUUGCAAGCAGUUUACGCUAAAAUAAAUUCCAUCCAAGAACGUCUAGACCAAUUAACCGAACAAACCCAAAGCCAGCAGCAAGAUUUGAAACAGAGUGUCAAGCUCUUGCAUCAGAUUUUAAACAACGUAGGCGACGACGACAAGAAAAAACACAGAAAUGUGACGAACACGGCUGCGGAUGAGAGAUAUUUACAAGAACGUGUUGUUAACGCUGUCACUCAGAGUAUCAACUCGAUUAUGGGAAAUGAAGUGGAGUACGUUAUUAAAGAAGAGAUUAAUGGAAAUGUGUUGCCGUCUUUGAAAAAUUCUAUGGAUACUUUUGGACAACAAAUGAACGCCAAAUUCACUCAACACUUCAACGUAGCUGAUCAACAGUUGAAAGAUUAUAUCGUUAAAACUGUCCAUAAAAAGUCCGUUACAGAUACGUUGGCCAAUACCAUGGCUUCUGUAUUGCCUUCUGUGAUAUCUACCUCAUUCGCUGAAGCAUUUUGUAAUAUUAUUUUACCCAAGUUCGAGAAUAGCUGUCACGAGAUGUUUGAACAAGUCAAUAAUUUGUUCAUCGAAGGCACCAGAGAUUUUGUUAAUAUUUUACAAAGCAACGUACGUUCCUACGAAGAAAAACAAGGCGCCAUAUUGCAAACUAAAAUCGACGAAUUCAUGGUUAAAAUGGACGAUAUGCUUAAGACUGCCAGUAUAAAUGCGGUGAAAAAUGUCGCUCCGGAAAUCAUUAAUCCGAUGAAAUUAGCCUUAGAAGAACAGAAAGUAUAUUUGGAAAAUUCCUUAUUAAACGUAAGCGGUACGAGUACACCUCCUCCUUUCAGUGCUAUGAAGAGGCAUCCCGAAGAACAUAUCGAGUUUCUCAUUAAACAAGGCAAAGUUGACUUAGCCAUUGAUCAGGUGCUAUCUGCUUCAGAUUUGAAAUUGCUGGUGUAUCUGUGCGAAAAACUAGACCCGGAAACGAUUUUCGCUGAACCUUGCUCCCUCCAACAACAUAUUUUGUUAUCUUUUAUUCAACAGUUGUCGGCUGAUUUGAAUAUUCAAACUGAUCUGAAGCAUAGGUUUAUAGAAGGAGCUGUGAUGUGUUUAGAUAAAAAACAUCCUGUCUGUGAAAAGAACUUCCCUAAAAUUUUACCCGCCGUUCGAGGUCGUAUUUCUCAAUACGUUGCCUUUAAUCCGACCAAUAAGAAUACUCGUAACAUGAAGAUCUUACUCAUGGCUAUUGACUCGUUGUUAGAUAAAGAUUCUUAUUCGUCUUGAUAUUCGUCCGCUUACGAAGAAACAAGUCGUCAGAGUGUUUUGAAACACAAUACGUGGUGGUGAAAUUGAACGAAUCGUAGGUCUUUGUUUUUCUUCUUUUUUAUAAUCGUGUGAUAAAAGUUGGAAAGAUUUUCAACGACGGGGAUUUCUUGUUUUUCGUUAAUCAUUUCGAACGUGUUUCAUUCUAUUUCACUUUUAGUUGUACUCCAUCAUGACUAGUAUUUACUUUCGUAUACAUGUUUAUCUAAGCAGGAUUUGUACUUUUGUUUUCGUAAUUUUUUUCCUUUUGUUUGUAUGAUUAUCAUUGUUUUAGCAUAUGGAAAAAGAUACCUUCCAUCGAUUUAUUAUUUUUAUUAAGCGGUAUUCCUUGAUUUUUAUAGACGUUUUAUUUAAUAAGUAAAUGUUUGAUUGAUGUUAUGUAA